AUGGCUAAUAUUUUGAAACGUUCUUUUACAAGCAGCGCUGCAAAAGCUGCUUAUAAUAGUAAAACGUUAACAAUAGGAUUAAUUCCAGCUGACGGAAUAGGACGAGAAGUAAUUCCUGCAGCAAGGCAGGUACUUGAAGCUCUUCCAAGUGACGGGCCUAAGUUUAAUUUUAUACACCUUGACGCUGGGUAUGAACACUUUAAGAAAACUGGCACAGCUUUACCAGAAGAAACUGUAGAGAGGCUAAGAACCGAAUGUGAUGGAGGUUUAUUUGGUGCCGUUGGCUCUCCUUCAUUCAAAGUUGCUGGGUAUUCAUCACCAAUUGUUGGCCUAAGAAAGAGGCUAGAUUUAUAUGCAAACGUUCGACCUAUUGUUUCGGUCAUUUCCAAUAAAGUACCAAAUGAAAAACCCGUUGAUAUGUUGAUAAUUCGAGAAAAUACCGAAUGUUUGUAUAUAAAACAAGAGCGACAAGAAAUCGAUUCCUCAACUGGCCUCAAAGUCGCAUGGGCUGACCGAAAAAUCUCGGAAUAUGCGUCCCGAAGAUGUGGGAAAAAGGCAUUUGAAAUGGCCUUGGCGAGAGAUAAGAUUCGACAAGAUAUACCAAUUGAAAAACGAGUAUGGAAAGGAAAACCUCAAGUUACUGUUGUACAUAAAUCGAAUAUUAUGAGUAUCACGGAUGGACUUUGGCGUGAAACAAUACAAAAUGUCAAGAAGGAAAAUAAUAAAUAUGAUAAUGUGGAUUUGACCGAGCAGUUGGUUGAUUCCAUGGUGUAUCGUUUAUUCAGAGAACCACAUCUAUUUGAUGUGGUAGUUGCACCAAACUUAUAUGGAGACAUUAUUAGCGACGGAGCUGCAGCGCUAGUUGGAAGUUUGGGUGUGGUUCCAAGUGCCAAUGUAGGUGAUAAAUUUGUGGUGGCUGAACCAGUACAUGGAUCGGCUCCAGAUAUCGCAGGCCAACACAAAGCAAAUCCGGUCGCCACAAUUCGUAGUGCUGGAUUACUAUUGGAAUAUAUUGGAUUCCCGGAACAGGCUCUCCUAAUUUAUCGCGCAGUUGAUAAAGUAUUGGUAGAUGGAAAAGUGUUAACUUUUGAUUUGGGCGGAACAGCAACAACAGAGCAAGUUACAGAAGCGAUUAUUAAGGAGCUAUAA